GAUGCCACCAAGUUUACAGAAGGGUCCGUUCUUGCGCACAGUGUUGAAAACCGCAUCAAAAUCAUUGGGAAAAACGGGCAAAGCACUGGAAGCUCAGGAGGUUUUGAAAAAGAAGCAGGAGGCAUUGAAACUGCAGCAAGACAUGAGGAAGAAGAAACAAGAAAUGCUUGAAAAACAGAUUGAAUGUCAAAAGGUGCUGAUAAACCGCCUGGAAAAGAACAGAGGGAUGAAGCCAGAGGAGAGAGCCAACAUCAUGAAGACUCUCAAAGAACUGACAGAAAAGAUCUCUCAGCUGAAGAAUGAGAUCAGCCCGACCUCACAAGCUGCUGCCAACACGACACAAACGAAGUCAAAAACAGAUGCACAGAAAGAGUUGCUUGAUGCGGAGUUGGACUUCCAUAAGAAGCUGACGUCAGGAGAAGACACCACAGAC